AUGAUUAUUUCCCCAGUUACCAGUACAUGUGUUGCCAGUAGUCCUGGAACUUCUCGUUAUGCUGCAAUAUUUUUCAUUCUUAUUGUUAAUGUUAUUCCAAUAACAAUAACGACAAUAUUUGGAUAUUUAACGUAUCGUAAUAUUCGUCAAACAACAGUUCUUGCUGGACAACAAGCUGAUCGACAAUUAGUUAAAAUGGUUCUUCUACAAAUCAUACUAAUUAUCAUUUCUAAUACUCCUCUUGGUGGCCUCUAUACAUAUAUAUUGAUUACAACUGGAGUUAUCAAAAGUCAAGAACAACAAUUACAAGAAUAUUCUGUCUUAUUACUCAUCAAUCUUAUAGGAUCAAUAUAUUUUAUUGAGCAUAUUUCAUAA